UGGUGGUCGCUGCGCUUCAAGCCCUAAUGCGACAAGCAUCUGGAGCGGCUGGCACUGCGCCUGGAUCCGCUCUGAGGGAAGAUCGACUUGAAUAUUUAGGCCACAGUUCACCGUCCAUGUGCAUGACUUCGUAGCUGCGGAUACCACAUGGCAACACAUUCACUUCCACAGGGUCCUGAAUACUGCUCAUGUAGAAAGAGCCAGUAGCAGAUCGGCGAGGGUGGACUUGUGCAGCUUGUCGCAUGAGUGUUCUUCUGACCCUAAUUCUCUCCAACACAUUCCCUCCCAUUGGUGCACACAAAAGUGUGAGUUUCUACAGGAUCGUUGUCCUUGAGUCGUGGCUCGAGGAAUGGAUCGCACGCUCGUUUACUCCCUUAAUUUCUCGUUGCUCAGCAGGAUUUGAAGGCCAGGUUGUCCGCGGGGUUUAGAAAUACGGAAGGUCUGGUGUUAGUGUGGAAUCCUCAUGUGUUGCACAAAACAAUGUGUCGAAUUCCUUUACCGACAAUAUUGAAGUACACGAGCAGCUGCUUUGUAGCCUGUCCAAGCAUUUGGAGGAGCAGGGGCUAAGGAUUUGGCUUUCAGAGGAGGAUCCGUGCAACCUUGUUAGGUAGUGUAGAAACUAACUUGUUUGGAGCGACCCCAUAGUUAUGCAUUCAGAAUCCGUCGAAAUUGCUUACAAGUUUUGAAGGUCUUGGUAAGUAGUUUAGUUUAGUUUUUUUUUUUUAGUUUUUUUUUUUUUGGUAACAAUCGUUGCAGAAGCUUGAGUCGUACAGGAUUUCUAAUCAUCAGCUGGCAUUCAAUGGUCAUUCCAAAGUGACUGUAUGUGGAUCUCACGAAUAGCGGAGCUGUAGUCUGCUUUGAUCAGCGUCGUCUCAUGAAGACUGACGGUUGAGGUAGAGAUUAAGGUUGAUAGUAUCUUGCUGAGUUCAGUGAGCCGCGUGUCCUGUACACGUGCUGUUACGAAUUCCGGAUUGAUGUUCGAAGGUUUUACAAUGGCCAACAGUUUGGCCAUGGACGUUGAGUAUAUUGUUAACAAGUAUAGCUCGUGGAGCCUUUGCGACGCAGAAUUCAUGGCGCCGAGCUUUCAAGAUGAAUUGAGCUUAGCUUUCAAUUCGCUCUUUGUCAUCAUGCUUGCGCUCACCUCAUUGUACAAUCUCGUUGUGGACAGAAGUUCACAUCUCCGGGGUAAAAAGAUGAUGACGUCCGUCAAUUCGAGUACCUUUAUUAGUAGUCUUAGGCUCAUUGCAGCUUGUUUAACAGCUCUGACGUACUCCGCUGCUGCUGCUUGGGAGAGAUACACUGUGGAUGCAGCUGGAAGCCGCGCAACGAAUCAUAAUUUAGAGGUUCGGAAGAUUUAUUUUCUUGCGCAGAGCUUGACAUGGCUCGCUUUUGCUGCAAUAUGUGCGACGGAGAUGCUAAGGGUUCGUAUUGUUUCGACGAAAGUAGCGAGAAGCCUUGUGCAGCUGUGGUGGAUUAUUACCUUUAUCCUCGCAGCAAUUCAAAUGAUAUCACUUGUGAUUAGAAAUCUCGAAAACUGCCCCAACCAGUACUCAACUCCAUCCGAAGCUAUUCUUUCAUUCACAGCCGGAGCAGUAAACCUUGUUGCCUCGUCGGUCCUUGUCCUCACAACGAGGAACGACCAGACGGAAAAUGACGAAGAUGCUCAAUGCAUUGGCGAAAAUGAAGAGCCUUUGUUAGUCAGUCAUCAUCACGAUGAGAUUCCCUCACAUGAAGCUAUCAGUGGUUAUGCUGAAUCAAGUUGGCUGAGCAGAUUAACGUGGCAGUGGAUGAACCCCCUCCUCCAGAAAGGUUACUAUUCUCGUCUCGAGGUAGACGAUGUGCCAAAACUUGUGGAACAGUACGAUGCGCAGAAAUUGUAUCAAAGAUUCUCAGAGAAUUGGAGUAGAAGCGAGGGGAAACCCAAUCGCGUUCGGACGUCGCUGUUUUUGUCUUUCAAGAAAGAAUUCAUGCUAACAGGGUUGCUAGCGGUGUGCCGCGCAUGUGUGAUGUACGUCGGGCCGGCGCUUAUUACGAGCUUCGUAGAUUUCAAGUCACAAACCGCAACUGGAGAGCACAACGCAGGAUUAUGGUGGGGAUUUACACUGGUAUUCGUUCUUGCAUGCUCCAAGGGCACUGAUGUACUUGCAUCGCACCAUUUUAACUUCCAAUGCACGAGUCUCGGCAUAGCAAUUCGGUCCACUCUCGUAGCAGUGGUGUACAAGAAGGGAAUCAGGCUCACAAAUGCAGCACGGCUUACUCAUGGCGUGGGGGAGAUUGUGAAUUACAUGUCCGUGGAUGUGCAGCUGCUGCAGGAUGUGAUUGUACAGGUUCACAACUUGUGGCUGCUUCCUAUACAAAUUACCAUUGCCUUGACAAUCUUGUAUUCUGUUGUGGGAUGGUCUAUGCUCGCCGGUUUGAUAACGAUGGUCGCCAUCGUAUGUUUAUCAACGUGGAGUGGGAAGCGGCAGCGUAUGUUUCAGGGUUUGAUCAUGAAGGCGAAGGAUGUACGCAUGAAGGCAACGAGUGAGGCCUUGAAUAAUAUGAAAGUGAUCAAGCUGCAGGCAUGGGAAUCGCAUUUCCGUAACCAGAUUGAGAAGCUGCGGGGUCUCGAGUACCUAUGGAUUGUACGAUUCAUGUACCAAGUGGCGAGUACCACUGUCUUCGUCUGGUGCGCGCCCACCAUCGUCUCGGUUGUUACUUUCGCUUGUUGCGUUCUGCUUGAGGGAGUGGAAUUGACGCCUGGCCAAGUUUUUACGGCCGUGGCCACAUUUCGCGUUGUCCAGGAACCUAUCCGGAAUUUCCCUCAAACGUUGAUCUCCGUGAGCCAGGCCCUAGUGUCUCUUGGACGUCUGGAGAAAUUCAUGCGAAGUGAGGAGCUUGAUACGAAUGCAGUGGAUAGGAAAUCCAUUGAAGGAGAUGAGGAUUUGGCAAUCUCUGCUCGCUCCGCGUCCUUCUCCUGGACUGAACCAGAUAGUAGCCAUGAACAAUCGACAUCGAUUCUAGCAGAUAUCAAUUUGGAGGUGAAGAAGGGUGCCCUUGUUGCUGUUGUUGGCACUGUUGGAUCCGGAAAGAGCUCUCUUCUGGCAUGCUUGCUCGGAGAAAUGCCAAAGCUCCAUGGCAAGGUCUGCGUAUCGGGAAGUGUUGCGUACGUGCCACAGAGCUCGUGGAUUCAAAGCGGAACCAUUGAAGAGAAUAUAUUGUUUGGCCAACCAAUGGACCGGAAGAGGUACAACGAGACGUUGCGCAUUUGUGCCUUGGAGCGGGACAUCGAGAUUUUUGAGGAUGGCGAUAAGACUGAGAUUGGCGAGCGGGGUAUCAAUUUGAGUGGAGGCCAGAAACAACGCGUGCAGCUUGCUCGCGCCGUGUAUCAAGACUGUGACAUCUACCUCUUGGAUGACAUCUUCAGCGCAGUCGAUGCUCACACUGGGUCAGCAAUAUUCAAGGAAUGCGUUAAGAGAGCGCUGAAGAAGAAGACAAUCAUCCUUGUAACACAUCAAAUCGACUUUCUUCACGAAGCCGACAGCGUUCUGGUGAUGCGAGACGGCAUGAUAGUACAGAGUGGGAAAUACAACGAUCUACUUAAGCCGGGCACGGAUCUAGCGACAUUAGUAAUCGCUCAUAACGAGUCAAUGCAGUUAGUGGAGACAGAAAAACCAGCGGACAUUGAUGAGCCUGUAUCUUCCCGUGAGCCUGAUGCGACUUUAGAACGACUCACUUCUAUAAAGGGAACAACCGCACCCGCCCAACCUAAUGGCAGAGACACAUCUGCUAAGCAAGGUUCAGCCAAACUGAUUGAGGAGGAGCAGAGAGAGAUUGGUCAUGUGAGCAAGUCCAUUUAUUGGUUAUACUUGACCAAGGCAUUUGGGCCAUGGUUGAUCAUUACCUUGCUCAUUGUGCAAACCGUGUGGCAAAUCAUGAUGGUGUUGUCAGAUUAUUGGUUGGCAUAUGAGACUUCGGAUGGACAGCAAGGUUCACUUAAUCCAGGGAGGUUCAUUCGUGUUUACUUCCUUCUAAGCUUAGGGACAUGGCUGUGUGUACUGACACGCACCAUUUUGAUCAUUCUGCUCGGUUUGAGGACGACUCAAGAGUUCUACCUUCAGAUGCUCCGAAGCAUCUUCCGUGCACCUAUGGCUUUCUUUGACACGACGCCUUCGGGACGCAUCCUCAGCCGGGCGUCGGCAGACCAAUCUACAUUGGACGUAUGGAUGGCUUUCUUUUAUGGUGCAUGCUUAGCCAUUUACUUCACUCUUUUCGGCUCGAUCGUUGUGAUGUGCCAAAGUGCGUGGCCCAUAAUACUUGUCAUGAUCCCUCUCGCGUACGUUUAUGUCUUAUAUCAGGCCUACUACAUUGCAAGCUCUCGGGAGCUGACAAGAAUGGACUCCAUAACGAAGGCGCCUAUAAUUCAUCACUUUUCGGAGAGCAUUGCGGGCUUCAUGGUCCUCCGAUGCUUCAAGAAGGAGCAUGAAUUUUCGCAAGUCAACAUGGAUCGGGUUAAUCAGAACAUCUGUAUGGUUUUUCAUAACAAUGGUGCCACCGAAUGGUUAGGAUUUCGCCUCGAGAUGAUGGGCACUGUUGUACUAUGCGCUUUGGCCUUCUUGCUUGUUGUGUUGCCUGCUCGUCUAGCUCCACCACAACUGGUGGGACUGGCGUUGUCGUACGGAUUAACUUUGAAUCAACUAUUUUACUGGACAGUAUGGCUCGCCUGUAACCUUGAGAACAAAAUGGUUUCAGUGGAACGUAUCCGUCAGUUUACUAAUAUUCCAAGCGAAGCUCCAUCAAUUGUUCCAGAGCGUCGGCCAGCUGCAAAUUGGCCAUCAACAGGGGCCAUCGAAAUCAAGAAUUUGCAGUUGCGGUAUCGUCCAGGUACUCCACUUGUGCUGAAAGGCAUCUCAGUUAGAAUCUCAGGUGGUGAUAAAGUGGGCGUCGUGGGCAGAACAGGCAGCGGUAAGUCCACUCUUAUUCAGGCACUCUUCCGUCUUGUGGAAGCCUCUGCAGGUCAAAUCGUGGUUGAUGGUAUUGAUAUUGCUACUUUGGGGCUCCACGACUUGCGUUCUAAAUUUGGUAUCAUACCUCAAGAGCCAACUCUUUUUGAAGGCACAAUACGCGCGAACAUUGACCCCCUUGGGGAACAUAGCGACGUGGAGAUUUGGGAGUGCUUGAAAGCAUGUCAAUUGGAAGAUAUUGUACGAAGGAAACCUGAAAAGCUCGACUCACCGGUGGUGGACGACGGAGACAAUUGGAGUGUGGGGCAGAAGCAAUUGAUUUGCCUUGGACGAGCACUUCUUAAGCAAGCUAAAAUAUUGGUUUUGGAUGAAGCUACUGCGUCGGUGGAUGCGCAUACAGAUUGGUUAAUCCAAAAAACAGUUCAAGAGGCAUUCGCAGAUUCUACAGUUAUCAGCAUUGCACAUCGGAUUCCAACUGUCAUGAAUAGCGACAAAGUUCUCGUGUUAGACGCAGGAAGGGUAAAAGAAUACGAUAGCCCAGCAAGGCUGUUGGAUAAUGGCACAUCAUCGUUGUUCGCAGCCCUUGUGAAUGAAUAUGCAUCGCGUAGACACCAAGAGGGCCCAAUGAUAUAGCAAUACACAACAUUUUUAUUCUGCAGAGUAGAUUGAACACCCCAGUUUCCUAGGACAAGCCGAUAGAGUUACCUAUCAACCUCAUUAAAUGUACUUUAUCCUUAAAUCCCUCUCGUUUGAGCUACAUAACACCGCACUCUACUUCAAAUAUAUGUAUCCAACUCCCUAUGCAUAUGCAAAAUGUAACCUGAAUAUGCGUGCAACUUAGUUUCUGUAGCCUCUCAAAUUCGCCUUUCCAUUGACAGGGUGGAAUAGAGUAACAUUUCUUUAACUGUCUGACCCUUAAAUCUAAGUAUUCGUGAUUAUGCAAUAAUCCUCGGCAACAUCUGCGUGAGAUAUUUCCUUAUCCAAUCCGACUUUCUCCAUCAGCUGCUCGGUCAUCGUCCUUUGACUUCCUGAAAUUCCUACAUACGCCCGAGCUGGGAUACUUUCACCAGCUCAUUAAGCGACAUGUAAUUCUUCUUACAGUCCACCGAUAUGUGUUACUCCGAUAAGUGUUAAAAUUGCAUACCCAUGAAGAAUCUGCAAAAGAUUUAUUGGA